AUGUGGUUCCCUCUUAACACUCAUUUUCAAGCGAGAAAACGAGCAGUGACAAUUCACGUGUCAAAAGAAAACGGAGAGAGCGUUGAAGGAGCAGAGGUGACAGUAGAGCAGAUCUCUAAAGACUUCCCCAUUGGAUCUGCCAUCUCCAAAACUAUCCUUGGAAACAUUCCUUACCAAGAAUGGUUCGUCAAGAGAUUCGACGCCACGGUAUUCGAGAACGAGCUGAAAUGGUACGCGACGGAGUCCGAUCAAGGCAAACUCAACUACACAUUGGCUGAUAAGAUGAUGAAUCUCGUCAGAGCUAACAGAAUCAUCGCUCGCGGCCACAACAUAUUCUGGGAGGAUCCCAAAUACAAUCCCGACUGGGUUCGUAAUCUAACCGGCGAAGAUCUCCGGUCGGCGGUUAACCGGCGAAUCAAGAGUCUAAUGACUCGGUACAGAGGAGAGUUCGUGCAUUGGGACGUGAGCAACGAGAUGCUUCACUUCGACUUCUACGAGAGCAGACUGGGGAAGAACGUCAUUGACUCGUUGGCGACUCUGUUCUUCAAUGAUUUCAACGUGGUGGAGACUUGCAGCGACGAGAAGUCAACGGUUGACGAAUACAUCGCCAGGGUGAGGGAACUCCAACGGUACGACGGCAUAAGGAUGGACGGAAUCGGUCUCGAGGGUCACUUCACGACGCCAAACGUAGCGCUGAUGAGAGCCAUCCUCGAUAAACUCGCUACGCUCCAGCUCCCAAUCUGGCUCACCGAGAUUGAUAUCAGCAGCAGCCUCGACCACCGCUCUCAGGUUCACAAGUCUCUGUUUUCCGGUUUAGUUCAGUUUGCAAUUUGA